AUGCUGGGCUGGGAAGACUACGUGAGGAGUUUACUUGCCGAUGGGCUGUGCCAGGACGCUGCCGUCUUGGCCUGUUCCUGCCCCAGGCUGCUGGCCGCCAAAGAGGACGGCCUGUUCAAGCAAAUGAGCUCAAAGGAAAUCGGGAACAUUAUGAGCAGCGAGCGGAAGGCCUUCCAGGUCAAGGGGCUCACCAUCGGGGGCAAGAAGUGUUUCGUCAUCCGCGACAACUUCCAGCUGGACGGCGAUUACACCAUGGACGUCAGGAUGAAAAGGAGGGACGGUAACAACCCCUGCAACAGCAUCGCCAUCGCUCGGUCAACAAAAGUGGUCAUAAUGAUCAUGGGCAAGAGAGGUGUCCAUGGAGGAACACUCAAUAAAAAAGCCUUCCAGAUGGCGACCUACAUACGAAGCUCUGGCUGUUAGAAGAGGCAUCGGUUACUGUCGUUACAACCGGAUAAUUCUAUGAACGCAACUGGAUUUCCAGGCGUUUUCUCAAAAUGCUUUGACAUCUCCCUAUAAGGAGCUCCAACUAUUCAUUGUGUGACCAGACAUAUUGCUGCCUGUGCUUAUAGUGGCACUCAUAUUCUUGAUAUAUACUUAUGGAAAUUAUUUAAAAAUCUAUGAAUGUUGUGCUCUUAUUGGAGAAGUGAGUUUUUGCUGUGUGAAUGGAACAGGUAUGUCAAUCACAUUUCUCCAAUAAAGAUCAAAAUCUUAGAUGUCUCACUGUUUUUAAGAUGUUUGAUACUCAAAAGAUAAGUGCACAAUUGUAUAAGCAACAUCUAGGAUUCAGAGUAAAUGCACAAGGGGCCAAUGGCAACAUUUGGCACAAAGUACCCCGUUCCCUCCCAAGGGCAAACUAAGGUAAUACAGCUGCCUCGGCUCUAGAGAUCUGGGUUCAAUCCUGACCUGUCUGGAUGGUUUGCAUGUGAAUGCACGGAAACUGUAGUGUUUAGCUCUUCAGUUAUAAAUUACCUAGGGUUUGGAGGGUCGUUUUUAAGCUGCA